GUUUUUGAAUCGAACGAAGAAUCAGGCCAUCUUAUCCUCACCAUUGUUGUAUCUGGCCAUUUCUUUAUUUCCCAAGGGCGAACAGUACUGGAAGGCUUCUCAUUAAUCGAUUCCCACAAGUGGCUGAGGAUAGUAAGGAGAGCAGACUGCCUGCUGCUCCGUGCACAGUCAAAGCAGAAUGAGUGCCGCAUGUUUCGUGUCCAGUUUGGGGGCAACUCCAAGGAGCAGAUGCAGGAGCUGUGCUGCAGUUGUGUACAGAAGCUUGCCGAGUACGUACCCGUUCAGGUAAUGGAGGGCCAAAGCCAGCAGCUCUGUCACAGUCAGCUGGGGCAUGGUGAAAACCAAGAGGAGGACAUGGAACAAAAUGCAGCAGUACUACAGCGACCAGAUGAGCCUCUACCAGAUUCCCGUACAAGCCUUGGAGAAAGAAGAUCCGUAACACAGCUAGCACAGGCUGUGCUGAGGAGGGGGCCCGAGCUGCCCCUCACCCACGGGCACGCAGCCUGGCACAGCUGGGAGCUGGGGCCCUUCAUCCGCCUCUGCCUCUUGGAUCAGAACUUCCCGGCUUUCGUGGAAGAGGUGGAGAAGGAACUGAAAAAGCUCACGGAAGGCUGA